AUGAUCGCAGCACCUCCGUGGCCGGCGUCCGGAACUUGGCGUGCAGUGGCAGGUCUGAGCAAAGCGUCUGGACGAUUAGGGCCAGGACAGCCAGGACAGCGGCCUGGGCCAUGGGACCAGAGUCGACACGGCCGCGGAGGCGGGUGCCAACGUGCUGCUUGGUGGGCUCUCGCCGGAGGUGCAGCAUUGGGCGCGAGAUCUCGAGCACGAUGCACCGCCUCUGCUGCAAGCGGCUCUGCUCCCUCGUGCGACCUCUUUCCUGUGCCUGGAUCUCCCGAUAUCGAGUUGGAAGUUCUCGGCGGACAAGGCGAUGGCAAAGUCCAGCCAGUCACACUGUUACUCAUCCACGGGAGUUACCAUGCAGCGUGGUGCUACGAGGAACAUUUCCUUAGCUUCUUCAGAGGUCAGGGAUUCCACACGUAUGCCUUGUCGUUGCGAGGGCAGGGACGUGGCAAGAUGUUCCCGAAGCUUCCCGUGGCUGGUGCAUUAGAGGAGCACGCAUCCGACAUCCAGGCCUACCUUCAUCAUCUUCGGGAAAAACACGGGCAGCCGGUGGUCCUGCUGGGCCACAGCUUCGGUGGUCUUAUAGUGCUGCAGGCAGCCGCGGCCUUGAAGGAUUCGGGGGCCUUGGCUGGCCUGAUUCUGCUUUGCGCCGUCCCGCCGGCGGGCAAUGUCGGCAUCAUCCUUCGCAGCCUCUUCAAAGCUCCAUUGCAAGCUCUGCGCAUCACCUGGGGUUUCGUUGCACGUGCCUUCGAGAGAGAUGCAGAGCUUUGCCGACAGCUAUUCUUCGAUGCGGACACCCCUGUGGAAGACGUCGGAAAGUACAUGGACCUGAUGAAAGAAGGUCGCUACCAGUGGAAGCCUGCGGCCAUGCGCCGGUGCUUGUCCUUGGAGGCGAUGCAGACGUAA